AUGGCAGUGAAGAAGAGAACGACUUUAAGAAGCAAGUCUUCCAAGAGAGUAGGACCAAAUGUUGCCUCGUUGGACAACGAGAAGCAGAAGAAGGAGAAGCUUCUUAACAAGAUUGCAGAGAAGGAGGUUGUUACACAUACUAUUAAGACCAAGGCACACAACGAUGUUCCGAGUGAUCCGAACCAAGCGGGGAUCAGCAAGUCUGCGAUCCGGAGGAGGAAAAGGAAACUUCGGGAUCAGUUGAGGCCCAAGUUAACCGACGACUUGCUGGAUGCUCUAACGGAGAGUACCAACACUGUUAUCAACAAGGGCGAGGACGGCAUUGAAGAGGUGAUUAUCUCUGAGAAAGUCAAGUUGGACCAUACGCCGAACCCACAAACCAAGAGGGGACAAAUGGCGUUAUUUAAGCUAGAAAACGAACAGUUCAAAGAGGUGUUGAGGAACAAACAACUAAGAACUGGGGGGUUGGGUGCAUUACGAGAUUCGAUACUGACCAACCUUGCAAACCAAGACUAG